GAGGAGGCGGGGGGGGGGGGAAGGCGGACAGCCGCUGGCCGCGUUGCCAUGGCGACGGGGGGCGCUGGCGCAGGUGCGCGUGCGCCGGCAGGGCCGCCAUUUUGGCGGUUAUCAGGGUGUUCCCUCAGCGGGUUCCCUCAGGGCGUCCGCCUGACACUGCGCGUCCCGAAACCUGUCGGUGUGGUGUGACGAGUGCUGAGGGCGGGGGUUAGCUCCUCCCCAGGGCUGCGGCCGGCUGCGUGCCCGUGCCUACCGCCCCGAAGCGAAGGUUUGUUUCCUGCUGUCGCCUGCAUCUUUCUCGGUUCCUCCCUCCUUGCCCUCGCACCCAGACAGCGAGGCUCCCCCAGAUGGAUGUGGCGGGAAAUGUCAGUUCUAGUGACUUGGAGAAGCUCAGGAUUUCACGUCUCAAUUGCCCCAAGCUCUCCAGAAAGUGCCUGAUGUGUUAUAGCUGUCUAAUAAGUCUGCACUUUGUUUUAAACAUAGAGUACUGCUUGCUCCCAGAGAAGAUGCUGGGUUGGAUGGCUGAUAAGUCAGAUCCAGUAUAACAUCCUUAACCCUGGGAGACUGACCUUCUCUCAAGUUGGCAGCGGGAGCCACAGUUGUUUUUAUCCCCAUGGGACUCCCCUUGCCCUUAGCAACCUCUGCUCACUGUCAGAGCGUAGUACUCCAUCCAGCCUUGGGGAUUUCCCUCCACUUUACCUAAAUCAGAUUCGGGGGUUGUCUGGCAUGAACAAAGCUUCCACUGUAUGGAUAUGGCACGUGAAGUAUUUGCAGAGGCACUUUGCAAGUUGUAAACUUCCCAGGGCACGAGAUGAGUUUCAUUUUGUGUUCAGAGGGGCGUUGUUGGUCCAUGCCAAUGCAAAUAACGGUGACGAUGUAAUCAUACAAACAGUCAUUUCAGUACGGAACAACAUACAGUCGCAAACCUCUUAACCUUUCUUGCCAAACAGAAAUUAUUUACUCUCAUGUUUGAUUACCCAGGAAAAAAUGCAAUUGUAGCAUAAAAUUUAAAAAGCAAAGGUUUUCUGUGGGGAUUGAUCAUCUAACUUGUUAGUACAGCAGUAGUCCCAACCGUGUUGUCUCAACUCCUCAUGUACAUCAAGGAACACACGAGGAAAGAGUCUGCUUUAUAAACACUGAGAGGUCAAAAUCUAAGAGUGUGCCUACUCUCAAAUAUUUUUAUACAAAUCCAGUGGGGAAAAAAGCAAACAUGAAUAAUUUUAUCUAUCAUUUGAGCAGCAAGGAGGGGAAUGUGAGAGAAAUAGGGAAGAGGAGUAAAAAACAGCUGAGAGCAGAAAUGUCAGCCUUGCCUUCGCUGCGUUUCUUCCCUCUCCAUGCAGGCAGUGUCAAUAUGCCUUUCUGAGAACACAGUUACGAGUCAGUCUGGCUAAGAAUUCUGAAAAAUGCUUCAUAAAUGAGGGGCUAACCUGCCCCUUGUGUGGCCCCAAUUAUGGGUGUAUAUGGUGAGCAGGGCAGAAAGCUCUCAGCCCUCUGAACUCAGGUGGGAAGGAAUGACUCCAGAAAUGCAGAUUUUAUUUUUCACUGCUGACAGUGGAAACCCUGGGAGUGCUGAGAAUUAUGCUGACCUUGAAUGCACCUGCUUUGUUCUUGUUUUGUACUGAUGUUAUCCCUUGUGUUCUUUCGUGAGGUGUACUUAAGCUCAUCUUUCAUUUGAUUGAAGGGAAGCUGUUUGAAUGGCCUCAGAAGAGCAAAGUGAGAGUACAGAGCAUCCAUCUGAGCCUCCUGCAGCUCCUGUUCAGAGUAACAGAACAUUUCAAUGGGGAGCAAUACUUGCUGCAGUGAAAGAUCAGCUCCCAUCUCUGGACUCUGACACCUCCACAUCUGACUGUGAGAGUGAUGGGGAGCUUUUCAUCUUCCAGCGGGAACAGCCAAAUUUAAUUCCUGACCUGUCAGAAGAACUGAUGGAGUUUUCCCUGGAAGACUCAAGCGUGCAGGAAACCCAGGAAACAGAAAGACACCCAUUGGAAGUCUGGAAUGGAGAUCUGGAAAGUUUUGGCUUUCAGAAAAAAAUGGAUGGUGCCCAAACCAUCGCAAAAGAAGAUGUACAAAUGAUUAAAGAUGAGACUUCCAAUCUUGCCAGCCAUACUGAAGAAAUUCCAAGCCAAAAGGGAGCUGUUCUUGAAGAGUCUCUUGCAGAUUCCACAGAUCACCUUGAAGAAAAAGGACUGGGCAGGAGACAGGCCAGGGAAAGAAGGAACUCUUGGCUUAAUAUAGCAUUGUCUGUGGAAGAGCUGGACAGUAAAAGAGAGAGAAGAAAGCUGAUAGAGACAAAGAUACUCUCCAAAAUAAUUCUGGAGCCAUCACCAGGCCACCCAGAGCUAGAUGUCAAGCCUCCCUCACAUGGCGUUAGCAACAGCCUAGAAAGAAUUGCUGAGGAAGAAGCCUCCUCUGAUGAUCAUCUUCAAAAACUGACCCAUUUGUCAUUGCAGAAUAUUGAAAAAAGGGAUCUAGACAAGAUUCCCGAGGAGCUGGAGAAGCAGAAAGAUAACACUCAUGCAGAAGUUGCUUUCUCCUCAGUAGAUCAUGAGACCUUCAGGAGUAGGUCUGAAAAUCAGCUCAUGGAAAAGCUAGAAGAGCUGUGUGCCAGGCAGUCCAGGACAGUGUCUCCACACUGGAGGUGGCCAUCAGCCAAGCUCUCCUCCUUUCAAGAACAGCAAGAGAAUAAGGAUGUUGCCUUGCUAUCAUCUUCACGAAGUUCUCUAAGCACAGACAUGAUGAAGUUACGGUGCCUGCCAGAGCCUGUAACCGUGUACAUAGAUUUAAGAGACGCUAAACCGCAGAAGUCAGUAACAUUCCCUGAUGAGAGACAAAGUGCCAGUGACAGCUCCACUGAAGAAGAAGAGACUAUGACAGUUAAGGAUGAAGCAGAAAGGAGAAUGAGGGAUUUCUCAGGGAAAAGCCUGCUACUGCAACAACUCCAUACAGCCCGUAAAGAAGCCUCAGAGCUUCUUCAUAAAACAUCUACCCUGGCUGAAAAACUUGAAGGCAUAAAACAGGAUCCAGAAAGUCUGGAAGAGAUAGGUUCCUCUAAAACAAGUCAAAACCAAUAUUGUAAAGUGAGGCAAGAGACAAAUAAGGUGAUUCCCAGGAAACCGAUGAGAUUGAAAUCAGAGAAAAGAAAUACCCCCUUGUCAAGCCAUGGGGGCAAUGGAGCUGACAUAGAAAAAGAAAACAAAAUGGAAGCUGAGAAGGUUCAAAAUUCAGGAAAUGCUCCAGCGUCUCCUCUAACUACAACAGAAUCGCCAAGGGCAGAAGAAAGUAAAAGAGAGCUAUCCCAAAAGGAAGAACAGAUGAAAGAGAGACACAGGAGACACAGAUUCCAAGAGCAGCUGGAGAGAUUGCAGCCUCAGCAGUCAGUUACUGGAAAGCAGCCCAUGGCAGAGAAAACCCCCGUUUUGUUCCACAUGGAAGCCUCUUAUUUGCCAGAUAUUGACACAUUGCCUAGACCACACAGUAUGAAAAAUGAAGUGCUGCUUAUGACCAUUUGGCUGUCAAGUUGUGGCCAAGUAGCUACAGAUCAGUGCAGUGGGCAGCUGCCUAACAUGGUGCUGAGAGCAGCCGACAUCUACCAGGCCCUUGUGGUGUGGCUUCUCUCUCUGGUGCCUCCUGUGAAAAUGAAAGACGGACCCAAAGCUCCGUUUCAGGUGGUAGGGCUGCAGCAGGUCUGGCGAGAGGAUGGCUUGGCCCUAUAUGCUUGUCUAAUGCCAGCAGAUGAGUGUUCAGCCCACAACAGCACUAAGAUCCAGAAGAUAAAAACUGAAGAAGAUCUACAAGGAACAUCCAUUUUUUACCAGAAGAUUUCUGCAUUUCUAGCCUGUACGCAGCUUCCAGAUGUUAUCUGGUGGAGGGCAGAACUGGCCAAUCACUUCCAAAACCAACUGUGUCCACUUCUUCCUGAAAUUCCCUCUGUCCUGCUCAGUUACAUCACUGCUGUUAAUCCUGAUCCUCAGGCAGUGGAGAAGGUGUUUGCGGUGCCAAAUGGAUUUUACUGGCAGACGGUUGAAACUGAUGAAAAAUACUUCCCUAAUAGCAGCGACAUCGAGGCUUGCAGAGAUAUAGACACUGAGGUUGCCAUGGUAUUGCUGUUUGAAACUCUCUUCCGAAGUCCCCUAGCUACCCAUCACAUGUUGCAGCUGGUACUCGGUUCUGGUCUGGAUAUCUGUGGACUCCGCCUGCUCUGUCCUCAGCAGGAUGUGCUGCUCUUUAGCUCAGAAAAGCUGCCUUCUUCCUAUACUUCAAAGACUGGCAAGGUGCCACCAGUGCUGGCAUUAGGUGUGAGAGGACCUAAAGCACGUAGCACCUUGCAGAAUAUCAUUGGGCCAUCUGACCCGCAGCUGGCAAGCAUGACGGACUGCAGUUCCAUCAAUGCCAUCUACUGCAGGAGCCAAGCGGAGCCUCUCGUCUACCUGCCCCACCUGGACAGCCGUGUGCACAGGGAUCUGUGUCUCUGGUUUGGAGGGAGGGAUGCUGAUGCAGCACUGCAUGCUGGUGUUCUGGAUCUGGCUUCCCAAUGCAACACAGCAAGCUCUCAGAGUCCUUCAUCAGCUAGGGCAGAAGCAGAUGAAGAAAAGGUUGAUCUCCAGGGCAUGGUGCUGUCUCGACCUCCAGCGAUGCUUGUCUCAACUACCAAAGGGGACAUCAUUUUGAUGGUGUCACCUGUGGUAUCUCCUCGUGCAUAUGGUAAUGUGAUUUCGGUCUGUACUCAUCGGGGGUUUGUCCUGCAAGGAGUCAGACAGCUGCAGCUUUCACCCAAGCAAGCCAUUGUGCUGAGCAUGACAACAAGUCAGAUUGCUGUAUUUUGCCCUAGCAAGAUUUCAAGUUCACCUGAUAGUUCUGCAAGAGGAGACCUUUCCGCUGAACCGCGCAUGCACUGUCUCAUUUUGUUGCUGAGGAAAGAGAAUGCUAGUCAUCACAUUCCUGCAUUGGUAAAAGGACUGAUGAAUGGACUGGCAAAGCAAGGCCUCCUUGGCAACGGGAAGAACAACCUGCCUGCCGCUGCUGGGCUGGACGACUCUAUGUGUUUUCAUGUAGUUCCUUACACCGAGACCUUGCUGCAGACACUGGGAGGAAACCUCAGUGCAGUGCCAGACCCCCGUAACAUUACUCUGGAUCUUUUCUGCAAUCGAACAUAUGCUUCUGAUCCUGAAAUGGAGCAAGUUGUCAUGCUGACGGUGGUUGGAAUGGGUGCUAUGAAGAGUGCCGGAGAGCUCCUUCACCGGAUCCUUCUUCCUGGGUGCAAUAAUCAAUCUCAGAGUGCAGAAGACCUUGAUUUGGGAUUUGAGCUCCUAAGUCUCAAGUGGUUGCCCCAUCUCACUCGAUGUCAGGCCAGAGAAAUAACCCCUUUUGAGGUUGGAGAUGCUUCCUGGCGAAGAAGCCUUGAUAUACUAAUGUCAAACCCAGUCCUUGUGUGUGCAUUACGGCGGAUCGAUGCCUUCAAAGUUCUUGCAGAUGCAUUGAAAAGAUUAACACAAUGCAGGGAGAAGCUAAGCAAAAGUGACAGUCUUCUAGAGACAGUAAUGGCCUUGACCCCAGAAGUGACAUUCAGACAAGCCAUCCUCUUCUUCACAGAGAUGGAUUUUGUAACUGAUGCAGAACACCGCCUUGCUAUGAAAUACCUGCCACCACCUGGCAAGAGAUCCAGGGCUGAAGGUAAGACCAGAAUGGGAGAGAGCCAGAGAUGCCAUGCAGAAUCACUGUUUACCUACUUGCAAACAGGAGCCCAGAUUCUUUGCACAGUGCUGCUGAUCAAACCUGGUGCCUGGAGCCAUAGUCUUGCAAGGAUCCUCCGAAAACUAGACCUAGAAAAAUUCAGUGUGGUUGGGAUGAAACACAUAAACCUGGAACCAGACAUUGCCUUAAGACUCCUUUCUUCUGAAGUGAAACAGGAUCCCGCUGUUUUAGAAGCUCAUUGUACCUACCUUACCUCAGGCACUGCUCUUGUGCUGUGUCUUCAGAGGCCAAAUGCUGUGAAGAAGCUGAUAGAUUUACUGGGGCCAGAGGAUCCUAAGCUAGCCCAGGCACUAGAUCCGUUCCUCUGGAGGGCUCAGUAUGGCAUCAGCACAGUCCAAAAUGGAUUUUACGGCUCCAAAUCCUAUCAAAUAGCUGUCCGGGAUAUGAAGCUGUUUUUCCCAGAAGGACUGUGCUGCGCCGAGUGUCAGACAUUAGAGGAAGAAGAGAUCUAUAACCUGAAACGUGACCCCAUAGUCAGUUUGGAAAUCAACAAGCAGCGCAGGAUCAUAAAAUGUGAAACAGGAGGGCAACUCAAUUUAUUGGGCUCUGAACAACCAUGCAAUCUUGAUCGGCCAUUGCUUGAUAACCUCUGCCAAACCACUUGCCUCGUAUUGCCUGGGAUAAUCCUUCGGGGUUCAGAGCACCCACCUUAUGUCGAACUGCUUGAUCAGCUUAUUGGCAAAGAUUUCACAGUGACUGGAGUACGCCUCACUGUCCUGGAUGCACCACAAGCUCACUGCAUCUCUGAGACACUAAGCAGGGCAAAGAGCAGUGUUGCAGCAAAGUCCCUCUUAAUGGAUGGUUUGUGUCUGGUGCUAGCAGCACAGCGAGACAAUGCGGUCAUUUGCUUCGACUCCCUGCUGGACAGUGUCUGUUGGCAGAAGCAGUCAGUCCUGGACACUGCGCAGCAUCUCCUUUACCCCCAAAAUGAGAAUCAGGCUGAAGAGCUGCUCUGUUGCCUUUUUGACUCCCUGACAUCUGAGAGCAUCCACCGAAUUGAAUCCCAGGAUUGCUAGCCAAGAUGGUCAAGGACCCCAAGCAGCCCGUGGGCAGAUGCCACUGCGGGUACUAUGCAGAUGGACACACAGGGAACUCCCAGCCUCUAAGACCACUAAUACUUGUUUGUCAUUAAAACAUAAAGUCUGAAGUAUGGUAUUAGCAUCAGUAAGAUAAAUGAGAGCAGUGGGAGGAAGGAUUAGUGCCCAAGAACAAAUCCUUCCGAACCGUAGCUGUGGUUUCUAGUGGAAUGCAUUCAGAGACAAUCUGCCUGUGUUCAUGGAGCAAGGUUUGAAGCAUUCCUCUGACUGGGAAAAACUCAGGAAGUAAAGUUAAUACAGGGGUAGGUGUUCACUGCUGUCUUUCUCUCAGGUGCUUGGAGACUCCAUCUUCCCCAGGCCUCAAAGACAUUAUGGAGAGACUCCAUUUUCUGCUGCUACUGUGUUCUUUGAACCGAAGACAAAACCACAGUAAAUAAAAUGGAAAUAGUGUGAAGGAA